CCAUCCCUUUCAUCGCAUAUUUUCCUUCUUCUCUCUCUCUCUCAAUUUUAUUUUUCUCGCUGUUUUCGUUCCGAUCGAAAUGGCUCGUACCAAACAAACCGCGCGCAAAUCCACCGGAGGUAAAGCUCCAAGGAAACAGUUGGCAACAAAAGCCGCUCGUAAAUCUGCUCCGGCGACCGGAGGAGUGAAGAAGCCACACAGAUUCCGUCCAGGAACAGUUGCUUUGAGAGAGAUCAGGAAGUAUCAGAAGAGCACAGAGCUUCUCAUCAGGAAGCUUCCAUUCCAAAGAUUAGUCAGAGAAAUCGCUCAAGAUUUCAAAACAGAUCUCCGAUUCCAAAGCAGUGCUGUUUCUGCACUUCAAGAAGCUGCUGAAGCAUAUCUAGUUGGUUUGUUUGAAGAUACUAACCUUUGUGCAAUUCACGCUAAGAGAGUUACCAUUAUGCCUAAGGAUAUUCAACUUGCUCGUAGAAUCAGAGGAGAGAGGGCUUAGAUUUGAUUGAAGGGAAUCAUAUUCUGUAGAUGACGCACUGUUACGGCUAGGCACCAGUUUUUGAAUCUUGAAAGUUGAUAAAGUCUGUUUCUCUUAAUUGUAUUUGAGUAAUUUGUUUUUCUGUUCAAUUUGCAAUGUAACAGAGAAAAACAAUUAAUCAAAAUGCGGUUUACUAGAUAUUAUUAUUUUGA